CCUGCCAGCCCGCCCGCCAGCCCGCCCUCCCCCCCUUGGCCGGCUCGGCUCCUCGGCGCUGCCUGGGGUCCUUCGCUCCCGGUCCCCGCCUGCCAGCCCCCGCUGUGCUGCGCCCUGCCCGGCCAGGCCUGGAGUCGACACCACCGCCAUCAUGCCGGCCGUGUCCAAGGGCGAUGGGAUGCGGGGGCUCGCCGUGUUCAUCUCCGACAUCCGGAACUGUAAGAGCAAGGAGGCGGAGAUUAAGAGAAUCAACAAGGAACUGGCCAACAUCCGCUCCAAGUUCAAGGGGGACAAAGCCUUGGACGGCUACAGCAAGAAAAAGUAUGUGUGUAAACUGCUCUUCAUUUUCCUGCUCGGCCACGACAUCGACUUUGGGCACAUGGAGGCCGUGAACCUGCUGAGCUCCAACAAGUACACGGAGAAGCAGAUAGGUUACCUGUUCAUCUCGGUGCUGGUGAACUCCACCUCGGAGCUGAUCCGGCUCAUCAAUAACGCCAUCAAGAACGACCUGGCCAGCCGCAACCCCACCUUCAUGUGCCUGGCCCUGCACUGCAUCGCCAACGUGGGCAGCCGUGAGAUGGGCGAGGCCUUUGCCGCUGACAUCCCUCGCAUCUUGGUGGCUGGGGACAGCAUGGACAGCGUGAAGCAGAGUGCAGCCCUGUGCCUGCUGCGGCUCUACAAGGCCUCGCCCGACCUGGUGCCCAUGGGCGAGUGGACGGCCCGCGUGGUGCACCUGCUCAACGACCAGCACAUGGGCGUGGUCACAGCCGCUGUCAGCCUCAUCACUUGUCUCUGCAAGAAGAACCCGGAUGACUUCAAGACAUGCAUCUCCCUGGCCGUGUCUCGCCUGAGCCGGAUCGUCUCCUCGGCCUCCACCGACCUCCAGGACUACACCUACUACUUCGUCCCGGCUCCCUGGCUCUCGGUGAAGCUCCUGCGGCUGCUGCAGUGCUACCCCCCGCCAGAGGACGCGGCCGUGAAGGGGCGGCUGGUGGAGUGUCUGGAGACCGUGCUCAACAAGGCCCAGGAGCCGCCCAAGUCCAAGAAGGUCCAGCACUCCAACGCCAAGAACGCCAUCCUCUUCGAGACCAUCAGCCUCAUCAUCCACUACGACAGUGAGCCCAACCUUCUGGUCCGGGCCUGUAACCAGCUGGGCCAGUUCCUGCAGCACCGGGAGACCAACCUGCGCUACCUGGCCCUGGAGAGCAUGUGCACACUGGCCAGCUCCGAGUUCUCCCACGAGGCGGUCAAGACCCACAUUGACACCGUCAUCAACGCCCUCAAGACGGAGCGGGACGUCAGUGUGCGACAGCGGGCGGCCGACCUCCUCUAUGCCAUGUGCGACCGGAGCAACGCCAAGCAGAUUGUGUCAGAGAUGCUGCGGUACCUGGAGACGGCCGACUAUGCCAUCCGCGAAGAGAUUGUCCUAAAGGUGGCCAUCCUGGCUGAGAAGUACGCCGUGGACUACAGCUGGUACGUGGACACCAUCCUCAACCUCAUCCGCAUCGCGGGCGACUACGUGAGCGAGGAGGUGUGGUACCGCGUGCUACAGAUUGUCACCAACCGUGACGACGUCCAGGGCUACGCUGCCAAGACCGUCUUUGAGGCGCUCCAGGCCCCCGCCUGCCAUGAGAACAUGGUGAAAGUUGGCGGCUACAUCCUUGGGGAGUUUGGGAACCUGAUUGCUGGGGACCCCCGCUCCAGGUUUGACAACUCCAUCCCUGAAUGUUAA